AUGCAUCCUUCUUGGUCUUCAUCACCGGCUAUUCAGGUGGUCAGCGUCUCAGCUAUCAUCAUCAUCUUCAUCUUCUUCCGCAAGUAUGUUAUCAACAAAACUACAAGCAACCAACCAGGAUUACCACCUGGGCCAACUCCCUUACCAUUCAUUUGUUGCACCAUUCAAAUGCUUCUAAAUCGACCAACUUUCCGAUGGAUCCAUAAACUCAUCGACCAGUUUAAUACCCCAAUACUUUGCAUCAAGCUAGGACCAUCGACCCAUGUCAUUGCAGUCUCCAGUCCAAAUCUAGCAUGCGAGUUUAUGCGAAAGCAAGAUGUAGUAUUUUCUUCCAGGCCUGAAACGUUAUCAACUUAUCUGGUAAGUGACAGAUUCUUUGGGGCUGGAAUGGAAGAUGGGGGGCCAGGUGAAGAAGAAACUGAACAUGUCGCGUCUGUUUUCAUUAUCCUCAAGUAUCUUUAUACAUUUUCCAUCAGUGAUUUCUUCCCGUGGUUGAGAGGUAAGACUGAUUUUGAGGGCCAUCAAAAGAUUAUCAGAACGGCCAUUCAAAGAGUUCGUAAGUACCAAGAUCCGUUGAUUGAUGAACGGAUUCAAAUGUGGAAAGAUGGGGUGCGAAAGGUAAAAAAGGAUGUGCUUGAUGUCCUUAUUAACCAUGAAAGCCCUAAGCUUACAGAUCAAGAGAUCAAGGCCCGUAUUUUAGUAAGACUCACAUGCAAAUCUUAG